GUCCCCCCGGAGAUGCUCAAGUGGGAUGCCACCUCCGCCCUCCGUCUCGUAUGUUGGAAAUGGCACGAAUGGUCUCUGGGGUACGCUCUCAAGGACGUCUACAUCCGCCGCUGGAAGGGUGGAGAGCGUUGGGCGGAACUCUCCAACCGCCGCGAGAACUACCCUCUCUACGAAUUGAUUGACCGACCAACUGGUACUGCCGUUUACCGCGACCCAUUUGCUUCUCUCAAGCACACCGUCCGGACCUUCAAUGAGUAUCCCGAGGUCGCUUCUAAGAUCAAGCGUAUGUGGUUCCAUGGUUUCUAUACGGCCGAAACCGAUGCUCUCGUCUUCGAAGCCCUCAAGAAUUGCAAGAAUCUCGUUUCCCUCUCCAUCCCAUGGACUGCCGUCCGCCACAUGGAUGCCCAGUCCUGGCGGACCCUGCUUCUCGGCAACGGAAAGCCGUUGGAGUCUCUCGAGCUUUUGUCCGUCGACCCUACUGCCCAACAAGCAUCCGACGCUCAGAACCGAAUCGAUAUGCAGCCCUUCCAGUCGGUCAACUUCGGUCAACUUCGCCGCUUGAAGAUUUUUGGCGAUACAAACUUUAUGCCAAUCACCGAUAACGACCUGUUCGCCAUCGCACGCACCGCCAACCGACUGGAAGAGUUCCACCUCACCUGCAUCUCGACCAUCUCCAUCGAUGGCGUCAUGGCCGUCGUCAAGGCAUCGCGAAACACCCUCCGCGUGCUCGAGCACAGCCCUCGUUCCCAGGACGGCUUCUGGCAUCCCCACCCCGGAUCCCCGAGCGAGAACGAACACCUGUGCGAGGUACUUCGCAGCUGCCCGAGACUCGAGACGCUCUCUAUCUCGCUCCCAUCUGUUUGCGCCGACCUAUUUUCGGAUGAGAACGUCAGGUUCAACGGCGACCUCCAGGUGCGAGCUCUGCAUCUUUGCGGACACGAACACGGUCGAUCCACGCAGGAAGCCACCGACGGUCUCCAGCAAUUGCUCCGACAAGCACGCAGCUUGAUCCGCCGACGUGCCGAGAGCGUCAUUCCCCGCGAACUCUAUGUCGAACUUUUCUUCGCCGACUGCAUCUUCGAGCCCUCAUUCAAUUCUGUUCAUGGCGACUUUGCUCUAGCGCAGGUCGCUUCCGAGGGUGCCUGGCCGCAGACACUAAGUGCCAGCGGAAAAGGACCGUUCGGAUCCACCGGUCUCUACGAGAAGGAGGAGGAGGGACCUUUCCAACGCAUUGAUGAGGCCGAAUUCCUGACAGGCGUGCGACGAAACUGGCUUUCGAUCUCAACCUGAACCACGAGGCAUCGGUAGUACCGCGCGACUGCCAUGGCCUUCUUCUACCAUUCAUCCAGCCUAUUUUGUAUUACGACCUUUACUCUUUCAUGAUGAUAUCAUUACGAACUGCAUAAGCGUUGGGGGCGGCCCUGGCAUCGGAUCACCCCACUGGCCUUUAGCUGCCACGAUUUUCUUAUUCACGUGGCAUUUGAACAAUCACCAAAAAAAGUUAUUCUGGAAUUCGGAGGAAAACGUACAAAAGAUACCCAACCCCCCGAAACAAAACAUUGGCAUUGCAUCAUCAUCUUCAGCGAUUUCUCUCACCUUCUUCUUCUUCUUCUUCUUCUUCUUUUUCUUCUCCUUUUUCGGCGGAUGAAUACCCGGGUUUCAAUGGCAUGGUUUGAGAUUUCCAUAGCAAACUCGAUUAUGACACUGGCAUUUUUUGCAGCAGCUAGCAUUCAAACAAUCAAUCAAAUCAAUACCUAAUU